ACAGGCAGGAAGCGCAGAGCGACGGAGAGCUCGAUGAGAGGAGGAAGAGGAGCAGCACGCAGAGGAAAAAGAGCAGAGAAAGAAAAAGAGAGGAAGAAGAGGCAGGAGGAAGAGGAGGAGGAGGAGGAAGAGAGUGUUGGAUGUAGCCGUUGUUGUGCGGGGAAUGUGCGGCUCCUCCUCAGCUGCUCUCCAACUUUCUGAAUCUCUGCUCUCAUGGUGAGAGGAGGACGCAGAGGAUGGGAGUAACCUGGUCCUCCAAAUGCCUCGCUCUGUUCCUCGCGCUCCACAUAGUCUCUGUGUUGCAGACGGUGCUGGUCAGUGCUGGUCAAUGUGACUCUGUGUUUAAAGGUUUCUCAGACUGUCUGCUUCAGUUGGGGGAGAACAUGGCCAACUAUCCCCAGGACCUGGACGACAGGGACAACCUGCACAAGAUCUGCCAUUACUGGGAUAACUUCCACUCCUGUGCCACGACGGCGCUGGCCGACUGCCAGGAGGGAGCGACGGACCUCUGGGAGAAACUGAAAAAGGAGUCCCGCAACCUGGAUUUCCGUGGGAGUUUGUUUGAACUCUGUAGCAGCGGCAACGGAGCGCCCAGAUCAGCUGACGCCAGGGGCCUCGCCUUGGUCCUAACCACACUGCCCACCAUACUGACUUGGCUGGCGUUUUAACAGAAACAAGGGAAGACAUACAAAAAAAACACAAAGUGAAAAGAAGAAAAAAACAAGAAAAGAAAAAUAGCAAAAAAGAGUGAUAGCUGCUCUUCGAUACAGAAAAAAACAACUCCAAACGGACUGAAUUCAUCACCUGAAAACACCCUAAAUGGAUUUUUACUACAUCACUAUACGGUGGCACGGUUUGCCUUCCUGGGACGUCUGCAGGCCGUCCUCCCGGAGCGCUCAUCCAAUCACACGCUGACCUGACCCAGAGGUCGAUAACAUGAAAUAUUCAACGCGCCGUCGAGCCGAAACGAUGACAAUGAUGAAAAUUUGAUGGAUCCUUGCCCGCUUACAAUCGUGGAAUUACACAGUAUUAAAGUCAACCAUGAAUUAUUGAUGUUUAGUAGGCUAGGCCUAGACGGCGCUGUGUGACUGCUGGGUGCUGACACAGUAUCGGGCUAUAUAUUAGGGGUCCCAAAUAGCCUAAGGUGCAUAUUCAUGUGUGACGCGAGGCCACAAAAUCAAUAAGACAAGCAGAGGCC